GGUGAGAGCCACAGGACUCAUUCUGUCCUCCAGCCCACCCACACACACUCUGAGAGCCAGAGAGAGAGAGUGAGAUAGAGAGGUGUAGCAAGGAGAGAGAGAGAAGGGGUGUUGCGAAUAGAGAAAGAUAGCAAGGAAAGAGAGAGAGAGAGAGAUUUUUGUGCAAAGGACUAAAAGAGAAAGAGAGUUAGAGAACAGGAGGAUUUUCUGGCUUUUCUCUCAGAGCUGCAGAUAGAACCGGGAGAAGAGAAAACAGAAAGAUGGCAGAAGGAGGAGAAGGAGAGGAGGAGAUUCAGUUCCUUCGCACGGAUGACCAGGUGGUGCUACAGUGCACUGCUUCUGUCCUGAAGGAGCAGAUCAAACUGUGUCUGGCCUGUGAGGGCUUCGGGAAUCGACUAUGUUACCUGGAGACCACGUCCAACGCUCAGAACUGUCCACCAGAUCUGGCCAUCUGUGCCUUCGUCCUGGAACAGUCCCUGUCUGUACGUGCCCUGCAGGAGAUGCUGGCUAACACCGUGGACAUGAGUGAGUCAUCCCAAGGAGGAGGCCACCGCACGCUGCUGUACGGCCAUGCUAUCCUGCUCAGACACUACCACUCUAGCAUGUAUCUGAGCUGCCUGACGACGUCUCGGUCACUAACAGAUAAGCUGUCCUUCGAUGUGGGCCUGCAAGAAGACUGCGUAGGCGAGGCGUGUUGGUGGACGAUUCACCCAGCGUCCAAACAGAGGUCAGAGGGAGAGAAGGUCAGGGUAGGAGAUGACCUCAUCCUGGUCAGCGUCUCCUCAGAGAGAUACCUUCAUCUGUCCUAUGCCAGUGGUGAUCUGAUGGUGGAUGCGUCCUUCAUGCAGACUCUAUGGAACAUGAACCCUGUGUGUUCAGGCUGCGAGCUGGCUGAGGGCUUCCUGGCCGGUGGUCAAGUCCUCAGACUGUUCCACGGUCACAUGGAUGAGUGUCUGGCCAUCUCCAUGCCUGACGACGGGGACGACAAACGCAGCACCGCCCACUAUGAAGGAGGAGCAGUGUGUAGCCAGGCCCGUUCUUUAUGGAGACUGGAGCCUCUGAGAAUAAGCUGGAGCGGCAGCCACAUGAAGUGUGGCCAGUCGUUCCGUGUGCGCCACAUCACCACGGGCCGUUACCUCUGUCUGGACGAGGAGAAGGGCCUAAUGGUCCUCGACCCUGAGAGGGCCAACACCAAACUGUCUGCCUUCAGCUUCCGCGUGUCAAAGGAGAAGGUGGAACAGGCUCGUAAGCGAGACGUGGAGGGAAUGGGCAUCCCAGAGAUCAAGUAUGGAGAGUCCAUGUGUUUUGUCCAGCACGUGUCCACCAGCCUGUGGCUUACCUACGCCUCCCUGGAUGCUAAGGCUGCUCGCCUGGGGACCAUGAAGAGGAAGGCCAUUCUGCACCAGGAGGGUCACAUGGACGAUGCCCUGACUGUGGCCCGGUCCCAGACAGAGGAGUCUCAGGCUGCUAGGAUGAUCUUUAGCACCACAGGACUCUUCAGGCAGUUCAUCAAGGGUCUGGACUCCCUGCAGGGGAAGAAUAAGUCCCCUGUCCCCGUGCCUCUACCUCUGGACGGGGUCGUCCUCUCCCUGCAGGACCUUAUCUUCUACUUCCGCCCCCCCGAAGACGAGCUGGAACACGAGGAGAAACAGACAAAGCUGCGCUCCCUCCGAAACCGACAGAACCUCUUCCAAGAGGAGGGUAUGAUCACCAUCGUGCUAGAGUGUAUCGACCGUCUGAACGUUUACAACACUGCUGCUCACUUCUCUGAGUUCGCCGGAGAGGAGGCGGCUGAGUCCUGGAAGGAGAUUGUCAACUUGCUCUAUGAGCUGCUGGCCUCUCUGAUCAGGGGGAACCGUUCUAACUGUGCGCUGUUCUGUGAUAACCUGGACUGGCUGGUCAGCAAACUGGACCGGUUGGAGGCCUCUUCAGGUAUCUUGGAGGUGUUGCACUGUGUCCUGAUUGAGAGUCCAGAGGUUCUGAACAUCAUUCAGGAGAACCACAUCAAAUCUAUCAUCUCUUUGCUGGACAAACAUGGCAGAAACCACAAGGUGUUGGACGUGCUCCGGUCUCUUUGUGUGUGUAACGGUGUGGCUGUAAGGUCCAAUCAGAACCUCAUCACAGAGAAUCUAUUUCCAGGUCGUGAUCUCCUAUUGCAGACCAACAUCGUCAACUAUGUAACCAGUGUGAGGCCCAACAUCUUCCUGGGAACCUGCGAAGGCUCUACUCAGUAUAAGAAGUGGUACUUUGAGAUGAUGGUAGACUAUGUGGAGCCUUUCGUGACAGCCACACCCUCUCACCUGCGUGUGGGCUGGGCCCUGACAGAGGGGUAUUCCCCCUAUCCUGGGGGCGGAGAGGGCUGGGGUGGCAACGGGGUGGGGGAUGACCUCUACUCGUACGGCUUCGAUGGACUGCACCUGUGGUCAGGUCACGUCCCCCGCCAGGUGGCGUCGCCCAAUCAGCAUGCCCUAGCAGCUGAUGAUGUGGUGUCGUGCUGCCUGGAUCUGAGCGUGCCCAGUAUCUCGUUCCGGGUCAACGGCCACCCGGUCCAGGGCAUGUUCGAGAACUUCAACGUAGAUGGACUGUUCUUCCCCGUCAUCAGUUUCUCUGCUGGAGUCAAAGCUCGUUUACUGUUGGGUGGUCGCCAUGGAGACUUUAAGUUCCUGCCCCCCCCGGGCUAUGCGCCGUGCUACGAGGCUCUGCUACCCAAGGACAGGAUGAGGAUCGAACCCAUCAAGGAGUACAAACACGACUUUGACGGAGUCCGAAACUUGCUGGGGCCAACCCAGUCCCUCACACACACCUCCUUUACCCCCAAUCCCGUAGACACUGCUCAGAUCGUGUUGCCGCCCCACCUGGAGAAGAUCAGGGAGAAGCUGGCAGAGAACAUCCACUCGCUGUGGGCCAUCACGCGCAUCGAGCAGGGCUGGACUUACGGAAUAUUCAGAGACGACAACAAGAAGCUGCAUCCCUGUCUGGUCGACUUCCAGACCCUUCCUGAACCUGAGAGGAACUACAAUCUGCAGAUGUCUGGGGAAACACUUAAGACUCUGCUGGCUCUGGGCUGCCAUGUGGGCAUGGGGGAUGAGAAGGCAGAGGAGAACCUGAAGAUCAUCAAAAUGCCAAAGACCUAUAUAAUGAGCAAUGGAUUUAAGCCCGCCCCCCUGGAUCUGAACCACGUCAAGCUGACGCCCAAUCAAAACCAGCUGGUGGAGAAGCUGGCAGAGAACGGUCACAACGUGUGGGCACGGGACCGCGUGCGCCAGGGUUGGACGUACAGCAUCGUGCAGGACAUCAUGAACAAGCGGAACCCUCGUCUGGUUCCUUAUAACCUGCUGGAUGAGAGAACCAAGAAGACCAACCGAGACAGCGUCAACAACGCUGUACGCACUCUCAUUGGCUACGGAUACAACAUCGAGCCUCCAGACCAGGAGAGCACUGGCCUCGGCCUGGAUGACGUGCGUGGGGAUAAGGUGCGUAUCUUCCGUGCUGAGAAGUCCUACGCGGUCACGUCUGGGAAGUGGUACUUUGAGUUUGAGGCGGUGACGACCGAAGAGAUGAGAGUGGGCUGGGCCCGACCCAACGUCAGGGCUGACAAUGAGCUGGGAGCAGACGAGCUGGCCUGGGUCUUCAACGGAAAAACGGCCCAGCGCUGGCACGUGGGUAAUGACCCGUUUGGUCGCCAGUGGCAGUCGGGUGACGUGGUGGGGUGUAUGAUCGACCUGACCGAACAAAACAUCAUGUUCACCCUGAACGGAGAGAUGCUCAUCAGCGACUCUGGCUCGGACAUGGCUUUCAAGGACAUCGAGAUAGGAGAAGGCUUCAUCCCAGUGUGCACCCUGGGCCUGUCCCAGGUGGGCAGGAUCAACCUGGGUCAGAACGUCAGCAGUCUGCGCUACUUCGCCAUCUGUGGUCUCCAGGAGGGCUUCGAACCAUUUGCCAUCAACAUGAAGAGAGACAUUACCAUGUGGUUCAGCAAGAGCCUGCCACAGUUCGCCCCUGUGCCAACUAACCACCAACACAUUGAGGUGUCCCGCGUGGACGGGACAGUGGACAGCGCUCCCUGCCUGAAGCUGACCCACAAGACGUUCGGUUCCCAGAAUGCCAACACUGACAUGCUGUUCCUCCGCCUGAGCAUGCCCGUGGAGUUUGACGAGGUCUUCAAGAUCACAGCCGGGACCACGCCGCUGACCCGCACGUUGACCAUCCACGAGGACGAGGUUCUGGAGGUGGAGCCGGACUCGGAGUUUGAGGUUCUGAAGAAGUCAGCCAGUAAGAAGGAGCAGGAAGAGAAGGAAAAGGAACCAUCUGUCGCCAAGGAGACGCCCGAGAUAGAAAAGGACGCGAUGUCAGAGAAGGGCAAGAAGAGAGGGUUGUUUGCUAGGGCUAAGAAGGCAGCUACCAUCAACCCUCCCCCAACCCCUCCCUUGGUGCCACGGUUACAGCAGGACGUGGUCCCAGAUGACAGAGAUGAUGUGGAGAUUAUCCAGAAUACCACCACGUACUACUACUCGGUGAGAAUCUUCGCUGGCCAGGAGCCCACUGGGGUGUGGAUCGGCUGGGUAACCCCCGACUACCACAUGUACGACCCCAACUUUGACCUCUCCAAGGUCCGGAACGUCACCUUAACCGUGGGAGACGACAAGGGCAACAUCCACGACAGUAUGAAGCAUAGUAACUGCUACAUGGUGUGGGGAGGAGACUUCGGCAACAGCUCCCAGCAGGCCAGGUUCAGCCAGGAGGACACUGUGGUUGGCUGCCUGGUCGACCUGGCAACAGGCCUCAUGACAUUCACAGCCAAUGGGAAGGAGAUAAACACCUUCUACCAGGUGGAGCCCAACACAAAGCUGUUUCCUGCUGUGUUCGUCCAGCCCUCCAGUCAGAACAUGGUACAGCUGGAGCUGGGGAAACUUAAGAACAUCAUGCCAAUCUCAGCAGCCAUGUUCCGUAGUGAGCGUAAGAACCCAGUGCCCCAGUGCCCACCCCGACUGGACAUCCAGAUGUUGACCCCCGUCAUCUGGUCCCGCAUGCCCAACCACUUCCUGGACCCAGAGGUCGGCAGGGUCAGCGAGAGGCUGGGCUGGAUGGUGGAGUGUACCGAACCCCUCACUAUGAUGGCCCUGCAUAUACCUGAGGAGAACAGGUGUAUAGACAUCCUGGAGUUGUCUGAGCGCCUGGAUCUACUGAAGUUCCACUUCCAUACUCUGAUGUUGUACUGUGCUGUCUGCGCUCUGGGCAACAACCGUGUAGCACACGCCCUCUGCUCGCACGUUGACGAAUCACAGCUCUUCUACGCCAUGGAGAACACCUACCUGCCCGGUCCCCUUCGCAGCGGGUUCUACGACCUGCUGAUCUCCAUCCACCUGGAGUCAGCUAAGCGGGCACGGCUGGGCACCAACCGGGAGUUCAUUGUGCCCAUGUCCGCCGAGACGCUCAGCAUCACCCUGUACCCUGACGCUGAGAAGGCCUCUGACCUUCCUGGGGUGGGGUUAACUACCUGUCUUAGACCCAAGCUGCACUUCUCAACCAUCAACUUUGUUGGGACGGAUCCUGACCUGUACACUCUCAGCCCCGUCUUCCCUCUUCAGGAACUGAAGACGAAAGCCAUCAGCAUGUUGACAGAGGCGGUUCUGGAUGGUAGCCAGGCUAUGAGAGACCCAGUAGGGGGCAGCGUAGAGUUCCACUUCGUCCCCAUCCUGAAGCUCAUCAGCACUCUCCUCAUCAUGGGCAUCUUCAACGAUGAAGACGUUAAACACAUCCUCAAGAUGAUUGACCCCAAUGUGUUCGCAGGGAAGAAAGAGGAGGUGGAGGAGGGAGACAAGGCAGAGGAAGAGGGUGAAGAAGUGAAGGAGAAAGAAGAGGAGGCAGAUGAUGAAGGAGUAGGGGAGGAGGAAGAAGAGGAUGAGGAACUGAAACACCUAGAGAAAGAAGAGGGGGAGGAGGAGGAGGAGGAGGAAGGGGAGAAGGAACACGAGGAGGAGGAGAAGGAGAAAGAGGAAGACGGGGAGGAAAAUGUGAUGACAGAAGAGGAGGCAGCGGCGAUCGAGUUGGAGCUGGAGAAGGAAGAGGCGGCUUUGGAGGAGGGACUACUGCAGAUGAAACUGCCAGAGUCUGUCAAACUGCAGAUGUGUACGCUGCUGCAGUACUUCUGUGACUGUGAACUGAGGCACAGAGUGGAGGCUAUCGUGGCGUACUCGGAUCAGUUUGUCAACGCCAUUCAGACCAAUCAGAGAGUUCGCUACAACCUGCUGAUGCAGGCCUUCUCCAUGAGCGCUGCGGAAACCGCACGCAAGACACGAGAGUUCCGCUCCCCACCUCAGGACCAGGUGAUCCUGCUGACUAACUUCAAGCAUGGUCCGGAGGAGGAGGAGUGCCCAGUACCGGAGGAGACCAGAGACACACUGACCGAAUUCCACACUGACAUCCUUAUACAUUGUGGCGUGCACAUCGAGGCGGAAGAGGAGGAGGAGGAGGUGGACACCUCUCUGAGAGGGCGCCUUGGCCGGCUGUUGGGCAAGGUGAAUAACUUGAGGAAGAAAAAGGAGGUGGUGGAGGAGCCAGAAGAGGAGGAGGAGGUCAAACCCAGCACUCUCCAGGAGUUGAUCUCCCAUACCAUGAUCCACUGGGCCCAAGAGGCCUUCAUUCAGAACCCUGAGCUGGUGCGCCUGAUGUUCAGCCUGCUCCACAGGCAGUAUGAUGGGCUGGGAGAGCUGACCAGAGCCCUGCCUAAAGCCUACGCCAUCAACGCUGUGUCUGUCCAGGACACAAUGGACUUGUUGGAGUGCUUGGGCCAGAUCAGAUCUCUGCUCAUCGUUCAGAUGGGCCCCGAGGAGGAGAGGCUCAUGAUCCAGAGCAUCGGGAACAUCAUGAACAACAAGGUGUUCUACCAGCACCCUAACCUGAUGAGGGCUCUGGGGAUGCACGAGACUGUCAUGGAGGUGAUGGUCAACGUGCUGGGAGGAGGUGGGGAUUCCAAGGAGAUCCGGUUCCCCCAGAUGGUGACCAACUGCUGUCGGUUCCUGUGUUACUUCUGUCGCAUCAGCCGUCAGAACCAGAGGUCCAUGUUUGAUCACCUCAGCUACCUGCUGCAGAACAGCGGCAUCGGCCUAGGUAUGCGUGGCUCCACCCCUCUGGACGUGGCUGCAGCUUCCUGCAUCGACAACAACGAGCUGGCCUUAGCUCUACAGGAGCAGGACUUGGAGAAGGUGGUGACUUAUCUGGCGGGCUGUGGACUACAGAGCUGUCCCAUGCUCCUAUCUAAGGGUUACCCUGACAUCGGCUGGAAUCCCUGUGGGGGAGAGAAAUACCUGGACUUCCUGCGCUUUGCCGUCUUUGUCAACGGAGAGAGUGUGGAGGAGAAUGCCAACGUGGUGGUGCGUCUACUGAUUCGUCGGCCAGAGUGUUUUGGCCCCGCCCUGAGAGGAGAGGGGGGUGCUGGUCUGCUGGCGGCAAUAGAGGAGGCCAUCAAGAUCUCAGAGGACCCAGCCAGGGACGGACCUACUGUCAAGAAGGACAGGCGGUUCCCCAUGUUUGGUGGGGAGGAGCAACAAGAGGAGAACCGCGUCCAUCUUGGAAACGCCAUCAUGUCCUUCUACUCUGCCCUCAUUGAUCUGCUGGGACGCUGUGCACCUGAGAUGCACUUGAUCCAGGCGGGUAAAGGUGAGGCUCUGAGGAUCCGGGCCAUCCUGAGAUCUCUGGUUCCUAUAGAAGACCUGGUGGGAGUCAUCAGUCUGUCUGUACAGAUACCUGACUACGGGAAAGAUGGUCACACCAUAGAGCCUAAGAUGUCUGCGAGCUUCGUCCCGGACCACAAGGCGUCCAUGGUGCUGUUCCUGGACCGUGUGUAUGGUAUCGACAACCAGGACUUCCUGCUUCAUGUUCUGGAGGUGGGCUUCCUGCCAGACAUGAGAGCUGCCGCAUCCCUGGACACGCUGGCAUUCAGCACCACAGAGAUGGCUCUGGCUCUGAACCGCUACCUGUGUUCCGCUGUGCUGCCCCUCAUCACCAAGUGUGCCCCUCUGUUCGCGGGCACCGACCACCGCGCCAUCAUGAUUGACUCCAUGUUGCACACCAUCUAUAGGCUGUCGCGCGGGCGAGCCCUCACCAAGGCUCAGAGAGACGUCAUCGAGGAGUGCCUCAUGUCCCUCGUCAAGUACCUUCGGCCUUCUAUGCUGCAGCAUCUGCUGAGGAAGCUGGUGUUUGACGUGCCAAUACUCAACGAGUUUGCUAAGAUGCCUCUGAAGCUCCUGACCAAUCACUAUGAGCGUUGUUGGAAGUACUACUGCCUGCCUAACGGUUGGGCCAACUUUGGGGUGUCGUCAGAGGAGGAGCUGCACCUGUCGCGGAAACUCUUCUGGGGAAUCUUCGAGUCUCUGGCGCACAAGAAAUUCGAUGCCGAGCUGUUUAAGAUUGCCAUGCCAUGUAUCUGUGCCAUCGCUGGCGCCAUCCCCCCUGACUAUGUGGACGCCAGCUACUCCUCCAACACGGAGAAGAAGGCUUCGGUGGACGCCGAGGGGAACUUUGACCCCAAACCCGUGGAGACCACCAACACCAUUAUCCCAGAGAAGCUGGAUGCCUUCAUCAACAAGUAUGCAGAACACACUCACGACAAGUGGGCCUUCGAAAAGAUCCAGAACAACUGGUCGUACGGAGAGGUGCUGGAUGAAAACGCCAAGACACACCCCAUGCUGCGUCCCUACAAGACCUUCUCCGAGAAGGACAAGGAGAUCUACCGUUGGCCCAUCAAGGAGUCCGUUAAGGCCAUGCUGGCCUGGGAGUGGACGAUGGAGAAGGCUCAAGCAGGGGAGGGAGAGAAGGUGGAGCUGAAGACCAGCACACGGAAGAUCUCCCAGACUGCUCAGGCGACCUAUGACCCCAGCCAUGGCUACAGCCCUUCGCCUGUGGACAUCACUGCCAUGGCGCUGUCCAGAGAGCUGCAGUCCAUGGCUGAGCAGCUGGCUGAAAACUACCACAACACCUGGGGCAGGAAGAAGAAGAUGGAGCUGAUGGGAAAAGGUGGCGGUUCCCAUCCCCUGCUGGUUCCCUAUGACACCUUGACGGCUAAGGAGAAGGCCAGAGACAGAGAGAAAGCCCAGGACCUUCUCAAGUUCCUGCAGCUCAACGGAUAUGCCGUCACUAGGGGCCCAAAGGACAUGGAACAGGACAUCUCCUCCAUAGAGAAGAGGUUUGCCUAUGGUUUCCUCCAGAAGCUACUGAAGUGGAUGGAUAUUGCCCAGGAGUUCAUCGCCCAUCUGGAGGCUGUGGUUAGCAGUGGCAGAGUGGAGAAGUCUCCACACGAACAGGAGAUCAAGUUCUUUGCCAAAAUUCUCCUGCCGCUGGUCAACCAAUACUUUAAGAACCACUGCCUCUACUUCCUCUCCACGCCUGCCAAGUUGCUGGGCAGUGGAGGCCACUCCUCCAACAAGGAGAAGGAAAUGAUCGCCAGUAUCUUCUGUAAGUUGGCAGCUCUGGUGAGACACAGAGUAUCUCUCUUUGGAACGGAUGCUGGCGCGGUGGUGAAUUGUCUGCACAUCCUGUCACGAUCACUGGACGCCAGGACGGUAAUGAAGUCAGGUCCUGAGAUUGUGAAGGCAGGACUGCGUCAGUUCUUUGAGAGCGCUGCAGACGACAUCGAGAAGAUGGUGGAGAAUCUGAAGCUGGGCAAGGUUUCUAGCAGGAACCAGGUGAAGGGUGUGUCCCAGAACAUCAACUACACCACCAUCGCCCUGCUCCCUGUCCUGACCACCCUGUUCGACCACAUCGCCCAGCACCAGUUUGGGGACGACGUCAUCUUGGACGACCUCCAGAUCUCGUGUUACAGGAUCAUGUGUUCCAUCUACUCGCUGGGCACCGUCAAGACGCCUCACGCUGAGAAGCAGAGGCCGGCUCUGGGGGAGUGUCUGGCUAAUCUUGCCGCGGCCAUGCCUGUCGCCUACCUGGAGCCCGGCCUCAACGAGUACAACGCCUACUCUGUGUACACCACGAAGACACCCAGAGAGAGAGGCAUCCUGGGCCUGCCCAACCAAGUAGAGGAGCUGUGUACGGACAUCCCAGAGCUAGAUGUCCUGAUGAAGGAGAUCGGGGACCUGGCAGAGUCAGGGGCUCGCUACACUGAGAUGCCCCACGUUAUCGAGAUCACCCUGCCCAUGCUGUGUAACUACCUUCCCCGUUGGUGGGAAAGAGGUCUGGAGAACUACCCCGACCUGGACGGUCAGCUCUGUACUGACGUCACCUCAGAACAACUCAACCAGUUGCUGGGCAACAUCAUGAAGAUAGUGGUGAAUAAUCUGGGGAUAGACGAAGCCUCCUGGAUGAAACGCCUGGCAGUGUUUGCCCAGCCCAUCGUUAGCAGGGCCAAGCCUGAGAUGUUGAAGUCUCAUUUCAUCCCGACCAUGGAGAAACUGAAGAAACGCAGUGGGAAGGUAGUGGCUGAGGAGGAGCAGCUGAGACUGGAGGGGAAGUCUGAGGUGGACAGUGAGGAAGGAACCAUUAGGGAUGAGUUUGCUGUUCUCUGCAGAGACCUCUACGCUCUGUACCCUCUACUGAUCAGAUAUGUGGAUAACAACAGGGCUCGAUGGUUGACCUGUCCAGACCCAGAUGCUGAGGAACUCUUCAGGAUGGUUGGAGAGGUGUUCAUCUUCUGGUCCAAGUCUCAUAACUUCAAGCGUGAGGAGCAGAACUUUGUGGUAAUGAAUGAGAUCAACAACAUGUCUUUCCUGACCGCUGACAGCAAGAGUAAGAUGAGCAAGGCCGGCGGGGAAGAGGCUGGAGGUUCUGAUGUGGAGCGUACCAAGAAGAAGCGAAGGGGGGACCGCUAUUCGGUGCAGACAUCUCUGAUCGUAGCGGCGCUGAAGAAGAUGCUUCCUAUUGGCCUCAACAUGUGUUCCCCUGCUGACCAGGAACUGAUUAACCUGGCCAAGAUACGCUACAGCCUGAAAGACACAGACGAGGAGGUGAGAGAGUUUCUACAGAACAACAUGCAUCUGCAGGGCAAGGUGGAGGACCCGUCAAUGCGCUGGCAGAUGGCGCUGUAUAAGGAGACGUCAGGGAAGGCUGAGGAUGCUGAGGACCCCGAGAAGGUGGUCAAGAGAGUCCAGGAGGUGUCCGCUGUCCUCUACCACAUAGAGGUGACGGAGCACCCGUACAAGUCUAAGAAGAUGGUUUGGCACAAGCUGCUCUCUAAACAACGACGCAAAGCCGUUGUGGCCUGCUUCAGGAUGUCACCCCUCUACAACAUCCCCAGGCACCGGGGGUCCAACAUGUUCCUGAAUGGGUACAAGAGGAACUGGCUGCAGACUGAAGGAUACCAGUUUGAAGACCGUAUGAUCGACGACUUGUCUAAAGCCAUGGAGGAGGAGGAGCUGGGAGAAGAGGGAGAGGAAGAGGCAGAAACUAAACCUGACCCUCUGCAUCAGCUCAUCCUACACUUCAGCCGGACCGCUCUCACGGAGAAGAGCAAACUGGAAGUAGACUACUUAUACAUGGCUUAUGCUGACAUUAUGGCCAAGAGUUGCCACAUCGGUGAGGAGGAGGAGGGGGAAGAGGAGGAGGCCUUUGAAGUGACCCAGACUGAGAUGGAGAAGGAGAUGGAGAAGCAGAGGCUCCUGUAUCAGCAGUCCCGGCUCCACAACAGAGGAGCUGCAGAGAUGGUGCUGCAGAUGAUCAGUGCCUGCAGAGGUGAGACUGGGGCGAUGGUGUCCUCCACCCUCAAGCUGGGUAUCUCAAUCCUCAACACAGGCAACUGUGACGUACAACAGAGGAUGCUGGACUACCUGAAGGACAAAAAGGAUGUGGGCUUCUUCCUGAGUAUUCAGGCUCUGAUGCAGACCUGCAGCGUUCUAGACCUGAAUGCCUUUGAGAGACAGAACAAGGCAGAGGGGCUUGGUAUGGUGUCAGAGGAGGGAUCAAAUAUGAAGCUAGAACGUGAUGAGAAGGUGAUGGCGGAUGAUGAGUUUACCUGUGACCUGUUCCGCUUCCUGCAGCUGCUCUGUGAGGGACACAACAACGAUUUCCAGAACUACCUGCGUACCCAGACUGGCAGCACCACCACCAUCAACAUCAUCAUCUGCACUGUGGACUACCUGCUCCGUCUGCAGGAGUCUAUCAGUGAUUUCUACUGGUACUACUCUGGGAAGGACAUCAUAGACGAGCCAGGAAAGAGGAACUUCUCCAAGGCCAUGAUUGUGGCUAAACAGGUGUUCAACAGUCUGACUGAGUAUAUCCAGGGUCCAUGUACGGGGAACCAGCAGUCUUUGGCCCACAGCAGGUUGUGGGAUGCUGUGGUUGGCUUCCUGCACGUCUUUGCUCACAUGAUGAUGAAGCUGGCUCAGAUGCAAGCCGACCCCGGACUUCGACUUGGCGAUCGAUUCUGGAGUAGAACCCACUACGAGGACUCCAGUCAGAUUGGUCUGCUGAAGGAACUCCUGGACCUGCAGAAAGACAUGGUGGUCAUGCUGUUGUCUCUACUGGAAGGCAACGUGGUGAACGGCACCAUCGCCCGUCAGAUGGUGGACAUGCUAGUGGAGUCCUCCAGUAACGUGGAGAUGAUCCUCAAGUUCUUCGACAUGUUCCUCAAGCUGAAGGACAUCACGGGGUCUGACGCCUUCCGAGACUACGUGACCGACCCCCGAGGCCUCAUCUCCAAGAAGGACUUCUACAAGGCCAUGGACAGCCAGAAGCAGUACUCUCCGUCUGAGAUCCAGUUCCUUCUGUCUUGUUCCGAGGCCGACGAGAACGAGAUGAUCAACUUUGAGGAAUUCGCCGACCGCUUCCAGGAGCCGGCCAAGGACAUCGGGUUCAACAUCGCCGUACUGCUCACCAACCUGUCUGAGCACGUACCCCACGAUACGCGACUACAGAACUUUCUUGAGCAAGCCGAGAGCGUCCUCAACUACUUUAGACCCUUCCUUGGCCGGAUAGAGAUCAUGGGAGCGAGCAGGAAAAUCGAGAGGAUCUAUUUUGAGAUCAGCGAGGCCAACAGGAACCAGUGGGAGAUGCCGCAGGUCAGAGAGUCCAAGAGACAGUUCAUCUUCGACGUGGUGAACGAGGGCGGGGAGAGCGAGAAGAUGGAGUUGUUUGUCAACUUCUGCGAGGACACCAUCUUUGAGAUGAACAUCGCCUCACAGAUUUCUGAGGAGGAGGAAGAGGAGGUGGUAGACUCAGAGGAUGAAGAGGAAGAAGGAGGAGGAGGAGGAGGAGAGUUGGACGAAAAUGGAGAAGAGAUUGCUCCCGAGUCGAGCUCGGCGUUCUCUGACUUCCUGACAAGCGUGGUGAACUUCUUCAACAUGUUCACCUUCAGGAAUCUACGGCGGCGCUACCGCAAGCUUAGGAAGAUGACUCUGAAGGAUAUGGUGGUGGGCUUGGCCACGUUCAUCUACACCAUCCUGUUUGGUAUCCUGUCUUUCAUCUACAGUGUGUGUAAGGGCUUCUUCAUGCUGAUCUGGAGCACCCUGUUUGGAGGAGAACUGGUAGAGGGUGCCAAGAAGAUCACGGUGACUGAGCUUUUGGCCAGUAUGCCGGACCCAACGCAAGAUGAGGUGCACGAUGAACUGCCACCUGAGCCAGGUGCCGACGAGGGUCAGGAGGGGAUAGACGGAGGAGAGGAAAGAGACGUGGGAGGAGGAGAGGAAGGAGAGGAGGGAGGGGAUGGUGAGGAGAAGGAGGGAGGACGGAUGCCUGGGUUCGACACCCCUGGAGGGCUGGGAGACUUUGGGGAGACCACAACUGUAGAGCCCCCUACUCCAGAAGGAACCCCACUGCUCAAGAGGAAACUGCUGGAAGCAACGUCCGGAGGAGAGGGUGAAGAAAUACAAGAGCCAGAACCAGAGGAAGAGACACCCCCAGAGGAGGAGAAGGCUGACAAUGAGAAUGGAGAGAAGGCAGAGAAGGAGGCUGAGCCCGUGGUAAAAGAGGAAGAACCGGAAGUGAAGGAGGAAACAUUGAAGACGAAGGCAAAGAAGGAGAAGAAACCUGCGGAGGAGGGCUAUGAGCUUUGGAACGAGCUGGAGAUCCAGAGGAUCAAAUUCAUGAACUAUCUGUCUCGUAACUUCUACAACCUGCGCUUCCUGGCUCUCUUCAUCGCCUUUGCCCUCAACUUCAUCCUGCUCUUCUACAAGGUUGGAUAUGAUGUAGAGGAGGGGUCAGAAGACAUUGAGGGCUCCGCCCUGUUCGAGGGCUCCGCCGCGUUCGAGGGUUCUGGGUUGUUCGAGGGUUCCGGAGCUGUGGACGAGGGUGGUUCUGGGAUUGAUCCAUUUGACGAUGGUGGUGAUGACGACGGUGGCGAUGAUGAUGAUGAGGAGGAAGGACCAUUUUUUUUCUACUUGGAGGAGAGUACAGGCUACAUGCAGCCCUGUUUGUCCAUGCUGGCCAUCAUACACACUGUCAUCGCUUUCCUCUGUAUCAUCGGAUACAACUGCCUCAAGGUUCCUCUGGUCAUCUUUAAGAGGGAAAAGGAGCUGGCUAGGAAGCUGGAGUUUGAUGGUCUGUAUGUCACCGAGCAACCAGAAGACGAUGACAUCAAGGGACAGUGGGACAGACUGGUGCUCAACACCCCGUCAUUCCCUAACAACUACUGGGACAAGUUUGUGAAGACAAAGGUGCUUGCUAAGUACGGGGACAUAUACGGUAGGGAGAGGAUCGCAGAGCUGCUUGGGAUGGACCUGGCCUCUCUGGACGUCAGCGCCAUGACACAAGAGAAGAAACCCGAACCAGAAAGUGGCAUGUUAAGCUGGAUUAUCUCCAUUGAUAUCAAAUACCAGAUUUGGAAGUUCGGGGUGGUCUUCACUGACAACACGUUCCUCUAUCUAGUCUGGUACAUGGUCAUGUCUCUGCUGGGACACUUCAACAACUUCUUCUUCGCCUGUCACUUGAUGGACAUCGCCGUUGGUGUGAAAGAUUUGCGCACCAUCCUCUCCUCCGUCACACACAACGGCAAACAGCUGAUGAUGACUGUAGGUCUACUGGCUGUGGUGGUGUAUCUCUACACCGUGGUGGCGUUCAACUUCUUCAGGAAGUUCUACAACAUGAGCGAGGACGAGGAUGAACCGGACAUGAAGUGUGAUGACAUGAUGACCUGUUACCUGUUCCACAUGUACGUGGGUGUGCGUGCCGGCGGGGGAAUAGGAGACGAGAUCGAGGACCCGGCGGGCGAUGAGUACGAGCUCUACCGCGUCGUCUUCGACAUCACCUUCUUCUUCUUCGUAAUCGUCAUCCUGCUGGCUAUCAUCCAGGGUCUGAUCAUUGAUGCAUUUGGCGAGCUGAGAGACCAACAGGAGCAGGUCAGAGAGAACAUGGAGACGCAGUGCUUCAUCUGUGGUAUCGGUAGCGACUACUUUGAUACAACUCCUCAUGGCUUCGAAACGCACACCUUGGAAGAGCAUAACUUAGCCAACUAUAUGUUCUUCCUGAUGUACCUAAUCAAUAAAGAUGAAACGGAGCACACAGGACAGGAGUCGUAUGUGUGGAAGAUGUAUCAAGAGAGAUGCUGGGACUUCUUCCCUGCUGGAGACUGUUUCAGGAAGACGUAUGAGGAUCAGCUGGCCUAGUGGGAUAAAUCGUGUCUGUCUGGGUGGGAGAGAGAGAAGGAGAGAGAGAAGGAGAAAGUUAAGGAAAUAUAGAAGGUAUUAGAAGGUAUUAGGGAACAGAUGCGGGUUUGAAGGUUGUUCCUGUGUCAUAUUUCUCUGUGAUCUCCUGUCUUGACACACCUGCAGCAAUAUUCUGAUAGACUGAAUAAGAUGAUGAUCAGAGGAGAUGAAGAGUCCCAAGGGCUUUUAACCCUGUAAAUACACUUCAUGGCCUUUUUCUGUGUGAAAUAUAGAUAUGCUGUCUUGACUGAAUUCAAACACACACACACACACACACAUACACACACACACACACACAGCGCUGCCUCUCUGUCAGUGUGUGUUUCUGUAGAGCUGAAUACAGCAUAGUGCCUAACUCUCAUGGUAAACAAACGUGCUUUAAUGUCUUAAGUAGUGCUCUUUUCCUUAAUAUUAUUAUAAUCACUCUUGUUUGAGAUUGUAUUAAUAUAAAUGCCAUUAAUGUCCUCGUGUAAGAAUGUCUUGAUUUUUGUGUAUGCCUUUAAAUGAGCUAUUUCUGUAAUUGUUGGUGUAUUUCUCCCACUGCUUGAUAAUGAUCAGUGGGGGUGAGAGCAUUAGAUAGCAGUGCCUCUUCUGUCCACUAGGGAGCAGUCACACACCCCAGGUCUCUCCUCACUCUCUUUUUUUUCUCUCUAGAGAUUUUAUAACUGAUGUUGAUCUGGCUAUUAGCAGUCAAUCUGGAGUAAACAGGUUAGAGGCAGGUUGUCUGAUCCUACAGGACAAUAUGAUGACUUUAGACAAACCCUGUUUUUGCACUCUGAAGUCUUACGAUGUGUCUCUUCCUGUCUAUGACCUGUGUGAUCUGAUGUAGAGAUCCUAGUGGCUGACACGGACGGCACAGUGUUCUUAUUGGCUAUCACAGACCCCACAGUGUUCCUAUUGGCUAUCACAGACCACACAGUGUUCCUAUUGGCUAUCACAGACCGCACAGUGUUCUUAUUGGCUAUCACAGACCACACAGUGUUCUUAUUGGCUAUCACAGACCACACAGAGUUUCUAUUGGCUACCACAGACCACACAGUGUUCUAAUCGGCUACCACAGACCACUCCUAAAGACAUCUCUCCUAGACAUCUCUCCUAAAGACAUCUCUCCUAAAGACAUCUCUACUAAAGACAUCUCUCCUCAAGACAUCUCUACUAAAGACAUCUCUCCUAGACAUCUCUCCUGAAGACAUCUCUCCUAGACAUCUCUCCUAAAGACAUCUCUCCUAAAAGACAUCUCUCCUAGACAUCUCUCCUAAAGACAUCUCUCCUAAAGACAUCUCUCCUAGAGACAUCUUUCCUAAAGACAUCUCUCCUAAAGACAUCUCUCCUAGACAGCUCUCCUAAAGACAUCUCUCCUAAAGACAACUCUCCUAAAGACAUCUCUCCUAGACAUCUCUCCUAGAGACAUCUCUUCUAGACAUCUCUCCUAAAGACAUCUCUCCUAGAGACAUCUUUUCUGACAUCUCUCCUAAAGACAACUCUCCUAAAGACAACUCUCCUAAAGACAUCUCUCCUAGACAUCUCUCCUAGACAUCUCUCCUAGACAUCUCUCCUAAAGACAUCUCUCCUAGAGACAUCUCUCCUAGACAUCUCUCCUAAAGACAUCUCUCCUAAAGACAUCUCUCCUAGACAUCUCUUCCAAAGACAUCUCUCCUAAAGACAUCUCUCCUAGAGACAUAUCUCCUAGACAUCUCUCCUAAAGACAACUCUCCUAAACAUCUCCCCUAAAGACAACUCUCUUAAAGACAUCUCUCCUAAAGACAACUCUCCUAGAGACAUCUCUCCUAAAGACAUCUCUCCUAGACAUCUCUCCUAGAGACAUCUCUCCUAAAGACAUCUUUCCUAUAGACAUCUCUCCUAGAGACAUCUCUCCUAGACAUCUCUCCUAAAGACAACUCUCCUAAAGACAUCUCUCCUAGAGACAUCUCUCCUAGAGACAUCUCUCCUAAAGACAUAUCUCCUAGAUAUCUCUCCUAGAGACAUCUCUCCUAGACAUCUCUCCUAGACAUCUCUCCUAAAGACAUCUCUCCUAGACAUCUCUCCUAGACAUAUCUCUUGAAGACAUCUCUCCUAGACAUCUCUCCUAAAGACAUCUCUCCUAUAGACAUCUCUCCUAUAGACAUCUCUCCUAUAGACAUCUCUCCUAGACAACUCUCCUAAAGACAGGUCUUAUAGCCCCCUCGUAUUGACGCUGGGCUGACGCGUGUUCUAUACCAUCUUAAUGCACAGGGCUAAUACAGUGAAUAGUCAUUAUUAUAUUUAUUCAUGUCUACUCUAAAUGUUGUCCGUAGUGUGAUAAGGACAGCGCUACUCAGAAGGGCCGGACUAAAAAAUGACACAUUAACAUCAAAUAAAUAACAUAAGUGUAUUGUUUUAUUUAAGGCCUUCUCCGCUACUUUGUUCACAGUGAAUAAUAAUGAUACUUUACCUGUUAUGACGAAUACACAAGGGUUAAAAAGAUAGCUGAACGGAGACGAACACUGUAGCCAGUUUGCACCGAAAAGCUUUUGUGAUUUUUCUUCUGGCAGGUUAGAGUAUCAUAGUUAUUUUUUUUUGGGGGGGGGGGAGAAUGUGCAUAUUAUUUAAUUUUUCUCUGGAAGUAAAACCUCACGCGUGAUGUCAGACUGGUCUAGAAUAAGAAACCAGACAGAAACAUUACACACCGUCUCACACACACACAGGCUAACUCAUACACACUCUCUCUCCAUGUUGAGUAAUGUCCUGACUAACUUGUACUGUGUUAGGAGGAGAUGUGACUCCUGGAGUGUGUUACCACAGCGGUGUGUGUGUGUGUGUAAUUCACACGCAGGUGUAUACCUGUAUGUGUGGUGAUCCACGGAGGGCUGUGAUGAUGUAUUAGUAUGAGAUCACCUGUUGACUAUAAGAGUGUUGACCUGUUGACUAUAAGAGUGUUGACCUGUUGACUAUAAGAGUGUUGACCUGUUGACUCCUAUUGACUAUAAGAGUGUUGACCUGUUGACUAUAAGAGUGUUGACCUGUUGACUCCUGUUGACUAUAAGAGUGUUGACCUGUUGACUAUAAGAGUGUUGACCUGUUGACUCCUGUUGACUAUAAGAGUGUUGACCUGUUGACUAUAAGAGUGUUGACCUGUUGACUCCUAUUGACUAUAAGAGUGUUGACCUGUUGACUAUAAGAGUGUUGACCUGUUGACUCCUAUUGACUAUAAGAGUGUUGACCUGUUGACUAUAAGAGUGUUGACCUGUUGACUCCUGUUGACUAUAAGAGUGUUGACCUGUUGACUCCUAUUGACUAUAGAGUAUUGACCUGUUGACUCCUAUUGACUAUUAGAAUGUUGACCUGUUGACUAUUAGAAUGUUGACUCCUAUUGACUAUUAAAAUGUUGACCUGUUGACUAUUAGAAUGUUGAACUGUUGACUAUUAGAAUGUUGACCUGUUGACUAUUAGAAUGUUGACUUGUUGACUAUUAGAAUGUUGACCUCUUGACUAUUAGAAUGUUGACCUGUUGACCUGUUGACCAUUGGAAUGUUGACCUGUUGACUAUUGGAAUGUUGACCUGUUGACUAUUAGAAUGUUGAACUGUUGACUAUUAGAAUGUUGACUUGUUGACUAUUAGAAUGUUGACCUAUUGACUAUUAGAAUGUUGACCUGUUGACCUGUUGACCAUUGGGAUGUUGACCUGUUGACCUGUUGACCAUUGGAAUGUUGACCUGUUGACCUGUUGACCAUUGGAAUGUUGACCUGUUGACUAUUAGAAUGUUGACCUGUUGACUAUUAGAAUGUUGAACUGUUGACUAUUAGAAUGUUGACUUGUUGACUAUUAGAAUGUUGACCUAUUGACUAUUAGAAUGUUGACCUGUUGACCUGUUGACCAUUGGAAUGUUGACCUGUUGACUAUUAGAAUGUUGACCUGUUGACCUGUUGACCAUUGGAAUGUUGACCUGUUGACUAUUGGAAUGUUGACCUGUUGAUCUGUUGACUAUUAGAAUGUUGACCUGUUGACUAUUAGAAUGUUGACUUGUUGACUAUUAGAGUGUUGACUUGUUGACUAUUAGAGUGUUGACUUGUUGACUAUUAGAAUGUUGACCUGUUGACUAUUGGAAUGUUGACCCGUUGACCAUUAGAAUGUUGACCUGUUGACCUGUUGACUAUUAGAAUGUUGACCUGUUGACUAUUAGAAUGUUGACUUGUUGACUAUUAGAGUGUUGACUUGUUGACUAUUAGAGUGUUGACUUGUUGACUAUUAGAAUGUUGACCUGUUGACUAUUAGAAUGUUGACCCGUUGACCAUUAGAAUGUUGACCUGUUGACCUGUUGACUAUUAGAAUGUUGACCUGUUGACUAUUAGAAUGUUGACCAGUUGACUAUUAGAAUGUUGUUGCCUGACUGAAUCCUGUGUUUCAAUACAAGAUUAAUAAAUUGAACAGAUUAUUUUAAGAUGAA